AUCUCCCCUUCCCAUGCCUCGAGAUCGUACAAAAACCUGCCACGUGUACACUUCACUCAUGAUAAAGCCUUCACUUUCCUCCCCACGUAUUUCCCGUUAAUUAUUUCUCACCAUUUCAACACACACAGUAGCUUAAACAAGAGAAUUUGAAUUUGAAUUUGAAUUUGAAGUUGAAGUUGAAGCGUUGAUUGUGAUUAUAUAUAAUGAGCAAUAGUAUUGGAUCGAAUUUUGUUCACCAGAGAUUACUUGAGCAUCAGACUAGAAUUGAUACUUGUGUUUCUGGAGGGAAUUAUACUUUGUUUCGAGUUCAAGAUAGUUUUCGAAUACGAAAACUGCCUUUAACUGCCACAUUUCGGGUGAAUGUGGCGAGGAAGAGGUUGUCGAUGAGUUCGAAUCGCGGAGGGGGAGUUAUGACAAGAGCUGUUUUGGCCACGGAUUCGCCUUCGGAGCUUGCAGAAAAAUUCAAUCUCGAAGGAAAUACUGAAUUGCAGGUUAAUGUUAGGUCGCCUGGUCCAGGUUGUUUGUCACAGAUAGAACUUCAGGUCACCAAUAGUAGUGAUAAUCUAGUUUUUCACUGGGGUGGUAUACAAGAUAAGAAUGGGAAGUGGGUGCUUCCUUCUCGCCAUCCAGAUGGAACUAAAGUAUAUAAGAAAAGAGCUCUUAGAACUCCUUUUGUGAAAUCUGGCUCCAAUUCCUUUCUGAGACUAGAGAUUGAUGAUCCAGCAAUACAAGCUAUAGAAUUCCUCAUAUUUGACGAAGCGCAGAAUAAGUGGUUCAAACAUAAAGGAGAUAACUUUCAUAUAAAACUGCCAUCAGAUGAGAAGCUGAGUCCGAAUGUUUCAGUUCCUGAAGAUCUUGUACAAAUCCAAGCAUAUUUGAGAUGGGAGAGGAAUGGUAAACAAAUGUAUACCCCCGAGCAAGAGAAGGAGGAAUAUGAGGCAGCUCGUACUGAGUUAUUGGUGGAAGUUAGUAGAGGUACUCCCAUACAAGACAUUCGAGCAAGGCUAACAAAUAAAAGUAAUGUGAACGAAAGUAAGGGUCCACUUCUUUCUGAAAAGAUAAGCCAAGUGCCUGAUGAUCUUGUGCAAACACAAGCAUAUAUACGCUGGGAGAAAGCUGGAAAGCCUAACUUCUCCCCAGAUCAGCAACUUAAAGAAUUUGAAGAGGCCAGGAAAGAAUUACAAACUGAGCUAGAGAAGGGCAUAUCUAUUGAAGCUAUACGGAAAAAGAUCACCAAGGGAGAGAUAAAAACCAAUGUUUCAAAGAUUCCAGAUACAAAGAGAUACAAUGCUGUUGGAAGGAUCCAACGCAAGAAGAGGGAUUUAAUGCAGCUCCUCAACAAGUAUACUCCAGGGACUAUAAAGGAAACAAUUCCAGCCAAACCACCAACUUUAUCAUCAAUGGACCUUUUUGCUAAGGCGAAGGAAGAACAAAGUGGCGGUCCUGCUCUCAGGAAAAAUGUUUACAAGCUUGCUAAUAAGGAGCUUUUAGUACUUGUAACAAAGCCUUCUGGUAAGACGAGAAUUGACAUCGCUACGGACUUCAAAGAUCCGCUUACCCUUCAUUGGGCUCUAUCAGAAAACCCUGGAGAGUGGCUGGCACCUCCUCCGAGCACAUUGCCUGCUGGUUCAGUAUUGUUGGAUAAGGCUGUUGAAACACAAUUUUCGAGUGGCUCUGCUGAUGAUUUAAAAUACCAGGUCCAGUCUAUACAGAUAGAAGUAGAAGAAAAUUUUGCUGGGAUGCCAUUUGUUCUUUUGUCUGGUGCUAACUGGAUAAAGAAUAAUGGUUCGGACUUUUAUGUCAACUUCAGUAGUGGGCCCAAGCUGAUCCAUAAGGAUGUUGGUGAUGGCAAGGGGACAGCAAAAUCCUUGUUGGAUAAAAUAGCAGGAUUAGAAAGUGAGGCACAGAAGUCAUUUAUGCACCGAUUCAAUAUAGCUGCAGAUCUAGUCCAGGAGGCCAAAGAUGCCGGUGAACUGGGUCUUGCCGGAAUUCUUGUGUGGAUGAGGUUUAUGGCAACAAGGCAGUUGAUAUGGAAUAAAAACUACAAUGUAAAGCCACGGGAAAUAAGUAAAGCUCAAGAUAGGCUUACAGACUUGCUUCAGAAUGUAUAUAAAAGUCAUCCGGAGUACCGUGAACUCUUGCGUAUGAUUAUGUCAACUGUUGGCCGAGGAGGUGAAGGGGACGUAGGACAGAGAAUACGGGAUGAAAUUCUUGUUAUUCAGAGAAAUAAUGAUUGCAAGGGAGGAAUGAUGGAGGAAUGGCACCAGAAGCUGCAUAAUAAUACUAGUCCCGAUGAUGUUGUGAUCUGCCAGGCACUACUCGAUUACAUAAAAUGUGACUUUGACAUCGAUGUUUAUUGGAGAACAUUAAACGAUAAUGGGAUAACAAAAGAACGACUACUUAGUUAUGACCGAGCCAUCCACUCUGAACCAAAUUUCCGGAGAGAUCAGAAAGAUGGUCUUUUACGUGAUCUAGGAAGCUACAUGAGGACAUUAAAGGCAGUUCAUUCAGGAGCGGAUCUCGAGUCCGCAAUCUCAAAUUGUAUGGGCUACAAAUCUGAGGGACAGGGGUUCAUGGUUGGGGUAGAAAUAAACCCUGUAUCAGGCUUGCCAUCUGGUUUUCCGGACUUGCUUCAGUUCAUUCUUGCACACGUGGAAGAUAAAAAUGUAGAACCCCUUCUAGAGGGGUUAUUGGAGGUCCGCGAGGAGCUUAGGCCACUGCUCUCUAAUCCGAAUGACAGACUAAAAGAUCUUCUUUUCUUGGACAUUGCCCUUGAUUCUACUGUAAGGACAGCCAUUGAAAGAGGCUAUGAGGAACUGAAUGGUGCUAAGCCAGAGAAAGUUAUGUACUUCAUCACAUUGCUUCUUGAAAAUCUGGCGCUUUCAUCAGAUAAUAAUGAAGAUCUUAUAUUCUGCUUAAAGGGAUGGAAUCAAGCAAUAAGCAUGUUGAGCUCCGGAGAUGAUCACUGGGCAUUAUAUGCGAAAUCAGUCCUUGAUAGAACCCGACUUGCUCUUACAAGCAAGGCUGAGUGGUAUCAUCGCCAAUUACAACCAUCUGCCGAGUACCUUGGAGCACAGCUUGGAGUCGAUGAGUGGGCUGUGGACAUAUUCACUGAAGAAAUCAUCCGUGCUGGAUCUGCUGCUUCAUUAUCUGUUCUUCUUAAUCGACUUGAUCCCACUCUUCGCGAAACUGCUAAUCUAGGAAGUUGGCAGGUUAUUAGCCCAGUUGAAGCAGUUGGGUACGUAGUUGUAGUAGAUGAGUUGCUUUCUGUUCAAAAUAAAACUUAUGAAAAGCCAACCAUUCUGGUGGCAAAAUCUGUAAGAGGAGAGGAGGAGAUUCCUGAUGGCACUGUCGCGGUUCUUACACCUGACAUGCCAGAUGUCCUGUCUCAUGUUUCUGUUAGAGCAAGAAAUAGCAAGGUCUGCUUUGCAACAUGCUUUGAUCCUAAUAUUUUGUCUGACCUUCAAUCAAAAGAAGGAAAAAUUCUGCAUCUCCGACCAACAUCUGCAGAUAUAGUUUAUAGCGAGGCAAAGGAUGUCGAUAUUACGGGUUCAAAUAACUCGGAAGAAGUUGGUCCUUCAGGGUCUAUUACACUGACCAAAAAGCAGUUUGGUGGCAGAUAUGCCAUAUCAUCCGAGGAGUUUACAAGUGAAUUAGUUGGAGCUAAAUCACGUAAUAUUGGAUAUCUAAAAGGAAAAGUGCCAUCUUGGGUUGGUAUUCCGACUUCAGUUGCCCUACCUUUUGGCGUGUUCGAGAAAGUACUUUCAGAUGAUAUAAACAAGGAAGUAGCAGAAAAGGUGAAAGUAUUGCAAAACAAGUUAGAAGAAGAAGAGCUAAGUGUUCUCCAGGAGAUUCGGCAGACAGUUUUAGCACUUCAAGCACCACCACAAUUGGUACAAGAACUAAAAUCUAAGAUGCAAAGUUCUGGCAUGCCUUGGCCUGGUGAUGAAGGUGACCAGCGAUGGGAUCAAGCAUGGAUGGCUAUCAAGAAGGUUUGGGCAUCAAAGUGGAAUGAGAGAGCAUACUUCAGCACAAAGAAAGUGAAGCUAGAUCACAACUUUCUUUGUAUGGCAGUCCUUGUUCAGGAAAUAAUAAAUGCCGAUUAUGCAUUCGUGAUACACACUACAAAUCCAUCUUCAGGUGAUCCAUCAGAGAUAUACACAGAGGUGGUGAAAGGUCUUGGAGAAACUCUUGUUGGAGCCUAUCCAGGUCGUGCAUUGAGUUUUGUGUGCAAGAAAGAUGACCUAAACUCUCCUAAGGUAUUAGGCUACCCUAGCAAACCCAUUGGCCUUUUUAUUAGACGCUCCAUUAUCUUUCGAUCUGAUUCCAAUGGUGAAGAUCUAGAAGGGUAUGCUGGUGCUGGCCUUUAUGACAGUGUGCCAAUGGAUGAAGAAGACAAAGUAGUUGUUGAUUACUCGUCUGACCCUCUAUUAAUUGACUCCAACUUCCAGAAAUCCAUACUGUCUAGCAUUGCUCGUGCUGGAAGUGCAAUUGAAGAGCUCUAUGGAUCUCCUCAGGACAUUGAAGGAGUGGUGAAAGAUGGAAAAAUUUAUGUUGUCCAGACAAGACCGCAGAUGUAAGCAAAUAUCUGGUUUUAAGAUCCAAAUAUAUUUCCUGAGGCAAGAAAUUGGAGAUCGUCUCUACCAAACAAGUUUCUACGGACAUUCUAAUUCUUAAAGUUUCAAAAGCACGACUGGACAACAGGAAUUGCAGUGCAGUCCAGGAAAUACCUUAAAAUGUUGAUAGAGUAGCACAAGGUUUCCAUACAAAGUACAAAUAAAACGAGCUCAAAGAAUAAAGAGCUCUACACUGUAACAUUAUGAACAAAUUUAGUUUACAUGUACAAACUUCUACAGAUAGUUUAAUUUGGUUACUGUGUUGUGUGCUAGAAUUGUCUGUUGUAUAUGCAACUCCAUGAAAGUUGAGAAUUCAUGUCAAAAUAUAGUCAUACGCAGAGUAAUAUGCCUAUUGAUCAUCA